UCUGUCAGUGUUGACUUACCGUAACAUCACGACAGAGGAUCUCUAAGGUGUAUUGUCAGCAGGUCACCAUGAAGGUUGUCGCAGUAAUCCUGGCUCUAGCAGUCCUCUCAGGCUGCCAUGCAUGGGUGCUACCCAUGCAGGAUGAGCCACAAACUCCCUGGGAAAAGACAAUUGACCAGUUUAAGGACUACAUGACAGAUCUGAACACUAACGCUGAUGAGAAGGUGAAGAACAUCAGGGCCUCCCAUCUCAGCAGAGAACUGGAUACCCUGAUCACAGACACCAUCUCUGAGCUGAAUAUGUACAGUGAUGAUAUGAAGACCAAACUGGGACCUCUCGCUAAGGACGCCGCUGAACGUCUGGGCAAGGAAGUGCAGCUCCUUGUUAACAAGUUGCAGGCUCACAUGACUGAAGCUAAAGACCGUACCACAGUGUACACCCUGGAACUCCAGACCAUGUUGGAGCAGAAUGCCAAUGACGUCAGUCACAGGGUCAACACCUAUAGCCGCAAGCUGAACAAGCGCCUGAGCAAAGACACCCAGGAGAUUUGCAGCAAAGUGACCACCUAUUUCGAGGAGUUGCAGUCUCGAACCACCUCUGGCGUGGAAUCCAUGAUGGAUCGCGUUGAGCCUUACUAUGUCCAGAUCCGUGAGCGCGCUGAGGAUAAGAUGGCUACCCUCAGCAAGCUGCUGGCGACCCAGGCUGAAAAGGUGAAGGACAAGCUUGAGUCCCGGGCUGAGGAGGUCCGCAAGCAGCUGGAGAAGACCACCGAGAACCUCCGCAGCAGCCUCGAGGACAAGACGGAGGAACUGCGCACCUGGUUCAACCCUUACGGCCUCAUAAUCCGUGAUAAGGCUAAGGCCAUCAUGGAGACCAUGUAAAUCAACAUACCACCAUACAGGCUUAGGGUUGCGGUCUAGUUCACACACUAUGUCAAAUAUUUCACCCAAGUUAAAAAAUAUUUUUAAAAAGGGAAGGGAAGUUGCCUUUCAGAAACCAUUUAAUUUGUCACUCCAUAAACAAGACAUAAUGCAUAUUUGGCUGAGCACAGAGCUUUUCAGACUUGUAACAGGUUUCCAAGAUCAACCAAACAAAUCUAUAAAUCCUCUCUCCUUCAUUGUCAUCCACCUCUACAAAAGGCACCUUUUCCAAGACCUAGCUGAUAAAGUUCACUGAGAUGCACACUCUAGCCAUUACUGCUUAACAUCAAAAUGUAUAUUAGCGGUACAGAACAGUUGUGGUAGGGGAAUUGUAUAAAGGGCUUUGUGAGUAAGUAAUAAUAAAAAAACAUACAUUGGUGAAAGUCUGUCAAUCCAAUAAAAACAUCUAUACUAA